UCUCUCUCUCUCUCUCUCUAAGCCCUUUCCUUCCACAAAUCUCUGCGACCCAUUUCAGUUUUCGCAUUUCACCUUCCAUUUUCUCCUUCUUUUGUGAUUCUAUCGAAUUCAAUCUCUUCUCUGUUCUGUUUACAAAGUCUCAAGAACAGAGCACUCUGUUUUUAGUUUCUACUUCACUUCCAUAACCAUUUUUAACCCACAAAACUCACUCUAAAAUUCUCAUAAAUUUAGUGCUGAUUUUGAUCGGUAAAAAUGACGAAGCAGAAUGUGGUUGUUUCCGACACGAAAUCCGGUAUGGCGAUAACCGUGGCAGUGUCCAACUCUUCGCUGUUCAUGACGGCGGCGCAGAGGCCUCCGGCGGUGCCCGGCGGUUACAUCACCAUUCCCCGGAAGAAGCUCCACCACAACCUUGAAAUCAAUGGAGCAGCGAGAAUCAACUCCUGGGUUGACUCCAUGAGAGCUUCCUCUCCCACUCAUAUCAAAUCACCUCCUCUCUCCGAUCACCAAAGCUCUUGGAUGGUUCAACACCCAUCAGCUCUGGACAUGUUUGAGCAGAUAACAAACGCUUCGAAGGGAAAGCAAAUUGUUAUGUUUCUCGACUACGACGGCACGCUUUCGCCGAUUGUCGAGGAUCCUGAUCGUGCUUACAUGUCCGAUCAGAUGAGAGAUACAGUGAGAAAGCUUGCUAGACACUUUCCCACAGCAAUAGUGAGUGGGAGGUGCAGAGAUAAGGUUUAUAACUUUGUACAAUUAGCAGAGUUGUACUAUGCUGGAAGUCAUGGCAUGGACAUUAAAGGACCAUCAAAAGGUUCCAAAUACAAGGAGGGUAGUCAAGCUGUUCUCUGCCAACCAGCCAGUGAAUUCCUUCCAAUGAUCGAUGAGGUUUACAAAACAUUGGUGGAGAAAACAAAAUCGACUCCUGGUGCUAAGGUGGAGAACAACAAGUUCUGUAUCUCAGUACAUUUUCGCUGUGUUGAUGAGAAGAAAUGGAUUGAACUGGCACAAGUAGUGAGAUCAGUGAUGAAGGAGUAUCCAAAGCUCCAAUUGAAUCAAGGAAGGAAGGUAUUAGAGAUACGUCCUACCAUUAAAUGGGACAAAGGCAAAGCUCUAGAAUUUUUGUUAGAGUCUCUCGGGUAUGCCAAUUGUACCAAUGUCUUUCCUGUUUAUAUUGGAGAUGAUCGAACAGAUGAAGAUGCAUUCAAGGUCUUGAGAGACAGAGGACAAGGUUUUGGUAUUCUUGUUUCGAAAAUUCCCAAGGACACGAAUGCGUCUUAUUCUCUACAGGAGCCAUCCGAGGUUAUGGACUUUUUGCAAAAGUUGGUAGAGUGGAAAAGAAUGUCUUUAAAAAGACAGUUUAGGGUGCAAAGAAGACUUCAAGAAAUGAAAGUUUCACUACCCAACUAAGAGAUUUAUGUGAAAAGGGUGGAUAGGAUAUAUAAAUAUAUGUAUCUUCUUGUUCAAUGAAUAUGUAUAUUGAAAUACAAGAAGAUGGUGGGGCAUAAUGUUUUUUACUUGGCUUAAAGGCCUUGUACUUGUUGUAACUAGUUGUGUGCACAAGGAAAAAAAUUUGUAAUUUUGGAAGUAAAAUUAUAAAGUUGUCUAAAUGCAUUGA